UUUGUUUGCGACUCUUAUAGUGUCAAUAUGCGAUGUAUUUUCAUUAUAAUUUUAUUAAUUCUAUCAAAUGACGCAUAAAUAUUUCUAGUAAAGAUUUUUCCUACGCAGCGAUUUGUAGGAAUCGUAAAGUGAGUGAACGACAGUGCUAGAUAAGUUAUUAUAUAGUUAAGAAGAUUAUAUAUGUCAAAAUAAUAAUCCAGCAUGUCAUCAAUGAGGUGGGUGAUAAGUGGCGGUCGCGCGACGGCGGCAGCGGCGGCGGCGGCGGCGGCGGCCGGCCCCAGUCGUUUGUUGUCGGGUGUCGGGAGAAGAUUGAACGCGAGUGAUCCGUGUCUGCGUUAUUGUAAUAGGCUCUCGAACGCACGCACCAUGGCAUCUAAGGCAGUUACCAUAGAAAAUCUGAAUCCCAACAUCAUAAAGUUGGAAUACGCGGUGCGCGGACCUUUGGUUAUACGCGCAGGUGAAAUAGAGAAGGAACUCGAAAAGGGCGCCAAGAAGCCAUUCAAGACGGUGAUCAAGGCCAACAUCGGCGACGCGCACGCCAUGGGCCAGACGCCCAUCACCUUCAUCAGACAGGUGAUCGCGUGCGUCACAUACCCGGACUUGAUAAAGAACAGCGACUUCCCCGCGGAUGUGAAGCAGCGCGCAAAGGACAUACUGAAGGCCUGCGGGGGCGGCUCGGUGGGCUCGUACUCGAUGUCGCAGGGCAUCGAGCUGGUGCGCCGGCACGUGGCGGAGUACAUAGAGAAGCGCGACGGGCACCCGGCGCGCUGGCAGGACAUCUGCCUCUCCACCGGCGCCUCCACUGCCAUCAAAAACGUACUGCAGAUGUUGUGCAACAAGAUCGACGGCAAGCCCUCAGGCGUGAUGAUCCCGAUCCCGCAGUACCCGCUGUACUCGGCCUCGCUGGCGGAGUACGGGCUGGAGCAGGUGCGCUACUACCUGGACGAGGAGCGCGACUGGGGACUGGACGUGGCCGAGCUGACGCGCGCGCUCAAGCAGGCCGACAAGACGUGCAAGGUGCGCGCGCUCGUCGUCAUCAACCCCGGCAACCCCACCGGGCAGGUGCUGACGCGGGCCAACAUCGAGGCGAUAGUGAAGUUCGCGCACGAGAACGGGCUGCUGCUGCUGGCCGACGAGGUGUACCAGAAGAACGUGUACGCGCCGGGCAGCGAGUUCUUCUCCUUCAAGAAGGUGAUGCGCGAGAUGGGCGAGCCGUACAGCUCGGAGCUGGAGCUGGCGUCGUUCAUGUCUGUGAGCAAGGGGUACGUGGGCGAGUGCGGGUUGCGCGGCGGCUGGAUGGAGCUGGUGAACCUGCAGCCGGAGGUGCAGGCGCAGCUGUACAAGUGCAUCUCCGCCAUGCUCUGCCCCACCACGCUGGGGCAGACGGCGGUGGACUGUGUGGCGAAGGAGCCGGCGCAGGGCGAGGAGUCGUACGAGGUGUGGUCGCGUGAGAAGGCGGCGGUGCUGGCCUCGCUGGCGGAGCGCGCCACCAUGAUCGCCGAGACCUUCAACUCCAUGCAGGGCUUCAAGUGCAACGUCGUGCAGGGCGCCAUGUACGCGUUCCCGCGCAUCGAGCUGCCGGAGAAGGCGAUCGCGGCAGCCAAGGCGGAGGGCAAGGCGCCCGACGUCUUCUACGCCUUCCGUCUGCUGGAGGAGACAGGCAUCUGCAUAGUGCCGGGGUCGGGGUUCGGUCAGCGGCCGGGCACGUACCACUUCCGCACCACCAUCCUGCCGCAGCCCGCGCUGCUCCGACACAUGCUCGACAGCUUCAAGACCUUCCACCAAAACUUCACAAAGCAGUACUCGUAGACCGCCUUCUUCUAUCACAUGGAAACUGAAUGUAAAACGACUUUGCUUUUUAUAUCUAUUUUUUGUAAAUUCGUCAAAACGAGAUCGUGUGUCAGUUUUUGUGUAUCGCUACUGUUGAGGGUUGAGUGAAAAAUUAUGCAAAGAAUGAAAUUGCAGCCAUUCCUAGGAAACUGUUCUCAAAAGUGAAUUUACUAAAACUUCAACAUUUACUUUAUAAAAGAGUUGGUGUAUGACCCCCACUCGCACCCCCCCCUCAGCCACUUUAUGAAAUAAGAAAACCAAUGUCAGUUGUACAAUAAUGUUGAUAUGUAUGUAUAUACUCUGAGUCAGUCUGCAGUGAAUGAAUAUACAACACUGUUAAUGUUGUAACAACAGCACGUCUGUGUGUCUAGUCUAACUUGUGCCAUUUUUGGUGUUUCCUUUCAUUAACAAACAUGUCAUGUUUUUCAUUAUUUUCCUAAUUUGUUAUUUAUUAUUAUGCUUUUACUAUAUUUACUAUUUGUCAAUACUAUUUGCUCCAAACAACUUCCUUGUCGCUGUAAAAGUAAAACUUUGUAUAGAAAUACUUCGUUGCAUUUCAAAGAAAUGAUUUUUGUAAAAGCUUAUUGUGAGUAAUAUUAUGAGGCGCGCUGACAUUCCCUCUGUUCCAGAUGUUAUGUUCGUAUUUACUUUACAGUUUGUUAUAAAUGAGUUAAAUAAAUAUCCUGGUUUAACA